AUGGCUGAGACCGAGGGGAAGUUCGACUUCGCCAUCGACCGAGGCGGCACCUUCACGGAUGUGUUCGCCCGGCUGCCCGACGGCCGGGAGAGGGUCCUGAAGCUGCUGUCCCGGGACCCCCAGAACUACAAAGACGCCCCCACCGAGGGGAUCCGCAGAGUCUUGGAGGAGGAAACGGGGCGUGCGUUUCCUCGCGAUCAGCCCGUGGACACGUCUCUGAUCGGCUGGAUCCGGAUGGGCACCACAGUGGCCACCAACGCGCUGCUGGAGAGGGAGGGAGAGAGGACGGCCCUGCUGGUCACAAAGGGGUUCAAGGAUCUGCUGCACAUCGGCACGCAGGCCAGGCCCAAGCUCUUCGACGUGGAGGUUGCCGUGCCCGACGUGCUCUAUGAGGAGGUCAUAGAGGUCGACGAGCGAGUUGUCCUCAGGCAAGAUGGCUGCCAGCUGCCCAGGAAGGACCCCAGACGUGUUGUUACAGGCAGUACAGGGGACUCUCUGGAGGUGUGCAGGGAGCUGGACCUGCAGCAGGUUGAACGAGACCUGAGAGGAGUUGUGUCUCGAGGCAUCACCAGCCUGGCUGUGCUUCUGCUGCAUUCCUACACGUGGCCCGAUCACGAGAAAGCCGUGGGCGCUCUGGCGCAGCGCCUGGGCUUUAAGCAGGUGUCUCUGUCCAGCGAGGUCAUGCCGAUGGUGCGGGCGGUCCCUCGGGGCUACACCGUCACUGCCGACGCCUACCUUACACCCAAAAUUCGUCAGUAUUUAAAAGGCUUCACCGCCGGCUUCAAGGGGGCCUUGAAGGAUGUGGACGUCUUGUUCAUGCAGUCAGAUGGAGGUCUGACUCCCAUGGAGCAGUUCUGCGGCUCGCGGGCCGUCCUCUCCGGCCCAGCAGGGGGCGUGGUGGGAUACGCCAUCACUUCCUACAGCCAGACGGAGAAGAAACCUGUGAUCGGCUUCGACAUGGGUGGAACAUCCACCGACGUGAGUCGGUACGCCGGCCAGUACGAGCACGUGUUCGAGGCUACCACAGCUGGAGUCACCCUGCAGGCACCGCAGCUGGACAUCAACACCGUGGCUGCAGGCGGAGGAUCUCGACUCUUUUUCAGAUCAGGGAUGUUUGUAGUGGGACCAGAGUCUGCAGGGGCACAUCCAGGACCAGCCUGCUACAGGAAAGGUGGCCCUCUGACUGUGACUGAUGCUAACUUAGCCCUGGGUCGCCUCCUCCCUUCCUUCUUCCCAAAGAUCUUUGGACCUGGAGAGAAUGAGCCUCUGUCCUUGGAGGAAACCAUGAAGCAUUUCCGCAUCCUCACCAAAGAAAUCAACCAUUUCCUGUCUUCCAACCAAUCAAAGGCUGGCGAGAAUGGGGCCAGUCAUUCAGACAGGAAGAAGAUGAUACACAGCCAGUCUGACAUGAGCGUGGAGGAGGUCGCCAUGGGCUUCAUCCGCGUUGCAAAUGAGGCCAUGUGUCGGCCAAUCAGAGCUCUGACGCAGGCUAAAGGACACGAUACGUCUCAGCAUAUGCUGGCGUGUUUCGGAGGUGCGGGCGGUCAGCAUGCCUGUGCCAUCGCACGAGCUCUGGGGAUGAAGACGGUCUUUAUACAUAAGUACAGCGGUGUCUUGUCAGCCUACGGCCUGGCUCUGGCCGAUGUCGUGGAGGAGGUGCAGGAGCCGUGCUCCCUGCAGUACGAUCAGCGAUCUUUCGUUGACCUUGACCGGAGAGUGGAUCAGCUGGUCAAACGCUGCCAAGAUACCCUCUGUGCGCGCGGCUUUACCAGGGCUCAGAUAACCACCGAAGUGUUCCUGCACCUGCGUUACGAAGGCACCGACUGCGCUCUCAUGGUCACUGCGGCCGGCUUCCCCAGCAACGCCCACUCCUGUCGAGCCGGAGACUUUCGCAGCGCCUUCACCAAACGUUACCUGAAGGAGUUUGGAUUCACCAUCCCGGACCGACCCAUCAUGGUGGACGACAUCAGAGUGAGGGGUUGUGGGAAAUCUGGCAUCAAAUCAGUGUACAGAAAGAAAACGGGCCAAAGGCAGGCCAGACCUGCCACGAUGACCAAGUGUUACUUUGAGGACGGUUACAUGGACACCGGUGUGUAUCUGUGGGAGGAGCUGCCGUGUGGUUACAACAUCCAAGGACCAGCCAUCAUCAUCGACAAGAACAGCACCAUCCUGGUGGAGCCGUGCUGCGAAGCCCACCUGACAGAAGCCGGAGACGUCUGCAUGGCCGUGGGCUCCGACCCUCACUGUGCCCUCGGCACGGAGCUCAACACCGUGCAGCUCUCCAUCUUUUCACACCGCUUCAUGAGCAUAGCCGAGCAGAUGGGCCGAGUUCUCCAGAGAACCUCCAUCUCCACCAACAUCAAGGAGCGUCUGGACUUCUCCUGCGCUGUGUUCGGGCCGGACGGGGGUCUGGUGUCCAACGCCCCUCACAUUCCUGUGCACCUGGGGGCCAUGCAGGAGACUGUCCAGUACCAGAUCAGAGCAUUGGGGAACAAGUUGAAAGAAGGAGACGUGAUCCUGAGUAACCAUCCGUGUGCAGGGGGGAGCCAUCUCCCAGAUCUGACGGUCAUCACACCAGUGUUCAAGAAGGGGGUGAGCUGUCCUGUGUUCUUUGUGGCCAGCAGAGGGCACCAUGCGGACAUUGGAGGCAUCACCCCGGGCUCCAUGCCUCCCCACUCCACCUCUCUCCAGCAGGAGGGCGCCGUCUUCACCUCCUUCAAGCUGGUCACUGGCGGCAUCUUCCAGGAAGAAGCCGUGACUGAAGCUCUGAUGGCUCCGGCCAAAUACCCAGACUGCUCCGGGACUCGUAAUCUGCACGACAACCUCUCGGACCUCCGGGCUCAGGUGGCAGCCAAUCAGAGAGGCAGCCAGCUGGUGGGGGAGCUGAUCGACAGCUACGGGCUGGCCGUGGUCCAGGCCUACAUGGGCUACAUCCAGAGCAACGCGGAGCUGGCGGUCAGAGACAUGCUGAGAGACUUUGCACGUCGCCGGCGGCAACAGACCGGCUCCUUGGAGGUGGAGUCUGAGGAUUUCAUGGAUGACGGCACUCCAAUCAGACUGCGCGUUCAAAUUAACGAAGAGGAGGGCAGCGCCGUGUUUGACUUCACCGGGACAGGCACAGAGGUGUGGGGCAACUGCAACGCCCCGCGAGCCAUCACCCUGUCUGCGCUCAUCUACUGCCUGCGCUGCAUGGUGGGACAGGACAUCCCUCUCAAUCAGGGUUGCCUCACGCCGAUCAAAGUCAUCAUCCCGCCUGGAUCCAUCCUCCAGCCGUCCCAGAAUGCAGCAGUGGUCGGAGGAAAUGUGCUCACGUCUCAGAGAGUUGUCGAUGUGAUCUUUAAGGCGUUUGAGGUCUGCUCCGCCUCACAGGGCUGCAUGAACAACAUUUCCUUCGGCAGUGAGAGGGUGGGGUAUUAUGAGACGGUAGCUGGAGGAGCCGGCGCAGGACCGGGCUGGAACGGGCGGAGCGGAGUCCACAGUCACAUGACCAACACCCGCAUCACUGACCCUGAGAUCCUGGAGAAGAGGUACCCGGUGAUUUUAGAGCAGUUCUGCCUGAGGCCUGCUUCAGGAGGGGCGGGAAAAUACAGAGGUGGCGACGGAGUGAUUCGAAAACUUCUCUUCAGAAACAAGGUGGUUCUGUCUGUACUGACCGAGAGGAGAUCCUUCCGCCCGUACGGCCUUCUGGGGGGUGAGGACGGCGCAGCCGGCCUGAACCUGCUCCACAGAGCAGACGGGAGAGUCCUGAACCUGGGAGCCAAGACCAGCAUCAGCCUGCAGCCUGGAGACAUGUUCUGCCUCUACACCCCUGGAGGAGGAGGCUAUGGGAAAGAGGAAGACUCAAACAAGCCUCCAGAGACCAAGCGGAGGCGUCUGACUGAGACUUUCCCAGAGAGGGGCAGCGUGUUCGAGUACCGAAUGGCGCAAGAAGGAGUGUAAAAGGAAAUCGAAAGAGGGGUUCAACAUAAUCAAGUAAAAACUGUGAGAAAUGAUGAAGAUUAAAGCUAAAAGUGGGGGAAUAUUAGGACUAAUUCAUCUAUUUUUUAAACAAUUUUUACGAAUCCAUCAUGAGAUCAAAAUAUUUUUUAGUAUCUGUUUGCAAACAGAGGUAACAUAUAAAAGUAGUGAUAACAGGCUGCCCUUAUAAUAGAAGAUCUGAUAAAUUACUAAUAUAUUAGGUGAAAGAUGGAUCUGGCCACAUCAAGCUGGGUCAAAAAGAUUUCUGUGUUUAACACACUGCUCAGUUUUUGGGGACAAAUGUUUUCUAAUCCUCACAAAGUUUUGUAACUCCCCUUUCAGCCAAUGUUUAAAAGUCAGACAUUUGCAAUAUUGAUAUAUAUUUUAAUCGUGGAUGCAGUGAAAAGGACAUCAAAUCUGUAAAACUUUGUAAUGUGCAAGUUUAAAUGACUUGCUGUAUUGAUCCCUGUAAAAAAAAAGAUCAUCCUAAUAGACCAAUUUUAUCCCAUAUGUCUUUUACGUGUCAUGAAAUAUUCAGUGAAUACUGAAAUUAAUAACCCCAGACAGAUUUUGCCAAUUUCAAUAAAAAUCGUCUUCAUGGUUUUCUCUGUAGUCUGACUUUCCGGGAUUAAUUAGAUCCUUUCUAACCAUUUCACUGAAAUGCCAUGCUCUGGUGUUUCUUUUUAGAGACUUUUAAAAGGCGUAACAGUUUUUAGUUCUGUAAAAAUAUCUAAGAAUUCUUGUGAAUACUGGAACUUUUGUCAAGACUUUUCACUUGUAAUUUUCCAUUAUCUGGAGAGCUUGAUGUUCUUCUCCUGCUGGUUAAUGAGUGAAACUCCAUCUCGUUCCUGUUUUUCCUUGAAAUCUCUAAACUGGAGGUAAACAGCUCAAUGUUUGUAAGACACUUAAAGAAUUGUAAUAUUAAAACUGAAUAUCAGAUGAGAU